UUUUUUUCUUUUUUUAGUUACCCCAGCUUUCUCUUCUCUUAUAUAUUGCAUUAUUAAAGAGGCUAUACGCACUCUUCUUUCAGACAGUUUUCAAUAGUUUUAUGAUACCUCCUUCAGCUGUAACAACUAUAGCUUUACAAGGAGCAGCUGUAGGUGUAUCAUGUCAAUUAGCCAUGAGUAGUCUAUGCAGAAAACGAGAAAAGAAUAUUCAAAUCAAAAUUGGAAAGUUUUUUCUUGGUUUUUGCAUGGCGAUAAAAUCAGGGCUAUUUUUAACAUUUUAUGCAAGGUAAAAAAAAAAAGAAAUGAAGUUACUGUUCUGCAAGCAGACAACGAUAUUCACAGUGCAAAUUUGGAAUGUCUAUCAGGCAAUCAUGUCUUGGUUACUCGAGUUCAAUCAAUUAUACCCUUCGCUUGGAAAAGCCGUGCACUUAUAUUUCACUCUACUCUGACCGUGUUGCGAUUUUUGAUUGGUAUAGUGGACGUUGCAACCGUUCAUCUCAGUUAUUUUGAAGAUGGAUCCUGUGAAUAUUAUGACGCGGAAUUCUGGGGUCCUGUCUAUACACUGUACGAUACCGUCGUUGACUUUUAUGUUACACUGAUGAUCUCAAUUGUCCUGAUUAGUCACAUUCGGUCCAUCAUAUCUACCAGAAUGAAGGUCAAUACCCUUCUUUACACGUCUGUUAUUUACAAUAAUGUCUUACGAACACUUUGUAUUACAAUCGUUAAUUUGAUGUCAACAUUGUUAAUUAUAAUGGAGAACAAAAUGAUAAAAAUUAUGCUGUUAUGGCCGAUUAUCAAUAUCCUUAUCGUCUGCCUUGUGGGUUACGAUUCCGAUGUCACAAAAGCAAUACAAAAAAUAAGACAGAGACAUUGGCAAACUCUAUCAGCAACAGCAACAAGUGUCACUUUGGAUUUGAAUGAGUUUCCGAUGAAUGAAGCAGGAUUAUCACAUCUACAGCAACAACCACAAGAACAAGAACAAGAACAACAACAACAACAACAGGAGCAGCAAGGACAGCCUUAUCAGCACUUCCGAAAACCUUCACUGACCAGACGACACUCGGACUCUGCACUGGCGGAAAACUUGUUAAGCGACAAGUUUGACAGAAAUAACAGUGAGCAUCUUUCGAUCACAAGCCAUUGGAAAUCAGUGGUCCCCUUGACGGCUACAAAUGCUGCUUCUCAACAUCUUCAGCAACAAUUUUCUCCAUUAUCAGAUUACGAUAACAAUUUACUGCAUAACCUACAUAUACUGCUUUCCAACACAUCAUCUUUGCAAGGAUCUACGUCAAAUAAUACUAUUGACAGCUAUGUCAAAGGUCAGUCUGUUUAAUCAGAAAGCAUUCAAAUACCAAUCAAUAGCCUCGCUCUUAUAACCUACUACUACUACUACUAUUACUACUAAUCUAAUUUUGUAAUGAUAUUCUUUAUCGCUGAUGAUAUUGUACCUUUAUACCCCC